CUCAAGACGCCCGCUGUCAUGGAGGCCAGAGCGCUUUGGCUGCUGCUGCUGGUCCUGGCCCUGGGGUCCUCUGGCUGGGCUGAGCAGGACGUUGGCCAGUUGGAAAGCCAGUGUGUCUUCCCAGCCAAGGAGAGGGUCAACUGCGGCUACCCUAACAUUGACCAGGAGGCUUGCACCAACCGCGGCUGCUGCUUUGACUCCAGCAUACGAGGGGUGCCCUGGUGCUUCAAGCCUCUGCAGGAGGAAGAAUGCACGUUCUGAAGCUCUGCUCUCUGCGGCCUGGGAUGGCACCUGCCUGUGGAUGGUGGCUGGCGGAGGGGGCUGCUCAUCACGGCUCCCCCUGCUCUGGGCAAGUGCGUCAGCUGAACACUCGUGUCCAGGGUCUGCUGUCUAAUGAAUAAAGCUCUCAUGCUCAGCAUGAGGACCGUUCUUCAUGCCAA